GCAGGAUAUGAUAUCCACGAAGUUGCACGUCUGUUAGUUUCGUAAUCUGUGGUAGGUGGUUCGUGUGCAUGCUUUUAAUGUGUAUAAUUUCUUCUCAGAAAACACUUGUCUUUUCUAUGCAAACCCGUUGGAGCAAUAUAUUCAUCUCUGUUUAUCUCGAAGUAUUGUUCGUCAUGUGUUAAUUGACCGAGUGUUUUGAGUAAUGAGAAAUAAUGGCCAAGUGGGAAGGCUUUACAGAGGAAGAUAUAAAGAAAGUCAGUGAUUGUGAACGCUUCGUGGAAGGUCCACCCAUGGUGUAUGUAGCAAAGCAACAAAAAAAUGUCUCACAUCAUUCAGGGGUAAAAAAUGUGGCUCGAUCAAGAAUGUUACAGAAAUCAGAUAAACCUGUAGAACCGAGUAGCAGUGCUGACGAACUUCCCAGAGAAGUAUUUUUAUGUGAACCUCAGGCAGUGGUACAUAGAGACUCCAGUGGCAGCGCUGACUCGGGCUGUAGCGUUUCCAGCAGCACUGGCCAAAGUUACGCUGCAUCACCAAGAACCAGUCCCAGCCAUGGUACAGUCUGCUUACAGAUAAAAGAGGAUAAAAAUUAUGAGUUACUCAGUACUGAAGAAGCUGGCAGUUGCUCUUCCUUGGAUGAAUUUCGGUCUAGGCAGAAGUUCAUGGAAGAGCAGAAUCGUCAGAGAAAGGAGUUACUGGCCAAGGCACUAGCUGACAGAAAGAAGCAAACAAAUGCAGAAUCCAGAAGACUGCAGCAGAUUCAAGAUGAGUUACAGAAACUGGAUGUGCUCUUGAGCAAUGAUGUCUCUAUUCUUAGAGACCAAAUUGAAGUUGCCAGCCAUGAAUUUAUGGAAGCUCAGAAACGGUAUAAUAAAGCAGAACAGGAGUUUCUAGAUGCCAAACUACUCCUGUUUGAAAGGCUGGAACGCAAAGAGCUGUUGACAGAGCACUUAUGCACCAUAAUAGAGCAAAAUGAAAUACGUAAAGCAAGAAAACUGUCAGAGCUGAUGGACAGGUUACAGCUUGGAGGUUCUGAAGCGCACCAAGACACUGCUGUUAGAAAUAUGAUCCUCUCGCCACUUUGUGCCUUAGAUGAGGUCUCAUACUCUGUAUGCAAUACUCUAAAGCCCAGGAAGGUGACAGGAGAGUCUCAAAUGUGCAAGAGCAACUGUCCGCCAGCACAAAUACAGAAUUGAAUUUGUUUCCAAGUAAUCAUGCCUGUUAUGAUAAUUUUGUGCAAGAGUAGUUCUUAACUUUAAUAUGGUAAAGCAACACUACUAAAAAUGCCAGUGGACCUUUGAACUUACCAGAUACCGCGGGGUAGAGGUUUGCCGCCGCCGUCUCGGUCUGAGAACCGAUUAUCCUGCCAUAAGCCGUGUUCUGGUUUCCCCCAUCUCUAAAGGUAAAUGCUUUAAUGUUAUCUUAAACUAUGCCACAUUCUGUUUGCUUUCUAAUUUAUUUCUGAUAUUCCUUCUGUCAUGUGACACUGUUUAACCCAUGUAUGUGAUAAAAAUAAGGAAUUUAAAAAGUUUAUUUAUUAAAAUGUGCAAAAAUGAACAGUAAUGGUAGAAACUUUAAGUGCACAGUGGCUCUGAAUUUUUAUACUUUUUUGCCCGGUGCAUAGGGCUGAUCGUGUCUGUCUGUCUGCAUGGGGCAGCACCCCAACCUUGUACUUUUAAUUUUCAAAAAUUAGUAAUGACAAUAUGGUGGACGUAAGAGAUUUGUCAGGUGGGAGCAACGUUAUUGCUGCUUAGUAUGGGACCUGCAAAAUGGUGCGUAGCAAUAGAUUUUAAUAAGUGCAACUUCUUUCAAGGGAAGUCUUUUGCAGAAUGUGUAAUAACAAAAUUACAGCUGCUUGAAAUGUGUAUUUAUUAUUAUUUUUUUUCCCGUUUGAUAGAAAUAACUAUUUAACUACUGGAACAGGACUUUUGAUAAUAAUCCCCAACAUUUUAAAAUUGUAAGCAAUGACUAAUUUUAACUUGACCAAGAUUCAGUUGUAUGCCGAUUUCUGUGGGAGUUCAGCACUAAAUUACAUUUCAUUAGGCCAGCGUGGUCCAACUGAUGGCUCGCGACCACUUGUAAUCAGGUCCGCGAAAGUAUUUGUAAAUUGUAAAAACCCAUUUAUUUUACUUACUCUUAAGGAUUUGAAAAAAUAAUUGUUGCAGAAGCAAAUUUAAAAUAAUAUACAACUCUAUAUUAGUUAAUGCACAUUUAAAUACAAUUUAUAUUUCAGCAUAUGAAAUGGUAAUUUGUCAUUUCUGAAUCAGUAUUAUUAAAUAUAAUGACAAUGCAAAAAUAGUGACAGCAGGGGUUCCAACAGGAAAACUAUUCUGGCCCGAGCAAUGAAAAAAGUUGUACCACCCUGCAUUAGGCUAUUCGCAUUAACUAAAGAUGACAUUAACAGUACACAAGUUAAGAAGUUCAAAUUGAAAGUUCUUGUCUGAUUAAAAUUAUAAACCUUUCUGCGCAUUGAUAAUUUUCUCUAAAAUAGAUAGAUGAUGAUAAAUCUGAACAUUUAGGAUAUUAACAAAACUGCGUAUAUUGAUCAUUUUGUGUUAUGUAAAUGCGAUGUCAAGGCCCUGUGCCAUCAUCUUUUAAGUCACUUCAUGAUUAAUGAAUCAGGAAUGCUGAAAAAGUAAAAUUAAUGUUUAAAACUCUU